GUGUUCUCUUUUACACGUUUUCUUCUCUUUUGCAUUUCACACUCUCUACCCUUACUGUCCAACAAUUAUCUAUCUUCCCAAGGUCCUAGCAGUAGCUUUACCUUUCUUCAACACCCUGUCUCAGUCUGUCUUUCUCUUUCUCUUUCUCUAUUUUCUCUCUCUCAAGCUUUGAGCUUUCUUCACUACCCCAUGGUUUUUCUGGUAUUCAAUCUGAAAGGUAAGGUCUUGUUGUGAAUAUUUUUGUUUGUUAUUCACACUUGUUUCCAACGGUCACAUUUCUUUUUCUUCUUUCUUGAAAUGUUUUUCUUGACUGUGCUAGUUUUGCUUCUUUUUAACUCUAAUGGAGUGAUUUCUUUGAAUAGUGAAGGUUUUGCACUUUUGUCAUUUAAACAAUCUAUUUAUCAAGAUCCAGAAGGGUCUUUAAGCAACUGGAACUCUUCUGAUGAAACCCCUUGUUCAUGGAAUGGGGUUACAUGCAAGGAGCUUAAAGUUGUUUCUGUUAGUAUUCCAAAAAAGAAACUUUUUGGGUUUCUUCCUUCUUCUCUUGGGUCUCUCUCUGACCUUAGGCAUGUGAAUUUGAGGAACAAUAUGUUCUUUGGCAGCUUACCUUCUCAGCUCUUUCAAGCUCAGGGGUUACAAAGUUUGGUUCUUUAUGGGAAUUCUUUAUCUGGGUCUUUGCCAAAUGACAUUGGCAAGCUCAAGUACCUUCAGACUUUGGAUUUAUCACAGAAUUCCUUUAAUGGGUCGAUACCCAUAUCAAUUGUUCAAUGCAGGAGACUUAGAGCUCUUGAUCUUAGCCAAAAUAAUUUCAGUGGUUCUUUGCCAGAUGGGUUUGGUUCUGGUUUUGUUUCUCUUGAAAAACUUGAUCUUUCCUUCAAUAAAUUCAAUGGUUCAAUUCCUAGUGAUAUGGGAAACCUUUCUAGUUUGCAAGGAACUGUAGAUUUGUCGCAUAAUCACUUCUCUGGUUCAAUCCCAGCUAGUCUUGGUAAUCUUCCUGAGAAGGUUUAUAUUGAUCUAACUUACAACAAUUUGAGCGGUCCAAUACCACAAACUGGCGCACUAAUGAAUAGGGGACCGACUGCGUUUAUUGGGAAUCCCGGGCUCUGUGGUCCUCCAUUGAAGAACCCUUGUUCUUCAGAAACUCCCAAUGCGAAUGCACCUUCAUCAAUUCCUUUCUUGCCAAGUAAUUAUCCGCCUCAGGAUUUGGAUAAUCACGGUGGAAAGAGUGUGAAAGAAAGGGGACUAAGUAAGAGUGCUGUUAUUGCAAUAAUUGUGAGUGAUGUAAUUGGAAUUUGUUUGGUUGGAUUGUUAUUUUCAUAUUGUUAUUCAAGGGUUUGUGCAUGUGGUAAGGAUAAGGAUGAGAGUGAUUAUGUGUUUGACAAGAGAGGGAAGGGCAGGAAAGAAUGUUUGUGUUUUAGGAAGGAUGAGUCUGAGACUUUGUCUGAGCAUGUGGAGCAGUAUGAUCUAGUACCGCUGGAUACGCAGGUCACGUUUGAUUUAGACGAGUUGCUUAAAGCUUCAGCUUUUGUGUUGGGAAAGAGUGGAAUUGGUAUUGUAUACAAAGUUGUGCUGGAAGAUGGCCUCACUUUAGCUGUGAGAAGAUUGGGUGAAGGGGGUUCUCAAAGGUUUAAGGAAUUCCAGACAGAAGUAGAAGCAAUUGGAAAGCUAAGGCAUCCUAAUAUUGCAACUCUCAGAGCCUAUUACUGGUCUGUUGAUGAGAAGUUGCUAAUCUAUGAUUACAUUCCUAAUGGAAGCCUUUCAACUGCUCUUCAUGGGAAGCCUGGAAUGGUUUCAUUCACACCAUUAUCCUGGACUAUGCGGUUGAAAAUCAUAAAGGGAAUUGCAAAAGGCUUGGUUUAUUUGCAUGAAUUUAGCCCUAAAAAGUAUGUUCAUGGAGAUCUGAAACCAAGUAAUAUACUUCUUGGACAUAACAUGGAACCAUACAUUUCUGAUUUUGGACUCGGGCGCCUGGCAAACAUUGCUGGGGGGUCCCCAACUCUGCAAUCUAAUCGAAUUACCGUGGAGAAACCUCAUGAAAAACAACAAAAGAGUGCACCCAGCUCGGAAGUUGCUAUGGUUUCAGCUACAAGUAUGGGAUCUUAUUACCAGGCCCCUGAAGCACUUAAGGUGGUGAAACCAUCACAGAAAUGGGAUGUUUAUUCUUACGGGGUGAUCUUACUAGAGAUGAUCACAGGAAGAUCGCCACUGGUCCAUGUUGGCACGUCAGAAAUGGAUCUUGUUCAGUGGAUUCAACUAUGCAUUGAAGAGCAAAAGCCACUUGCAGAUGUUUUAGAUCCAUAUUUAGCACCGGAUGUGGACAAGGAGGAGGAAAUUAUUGCAGUUCUAAAGAUAGCUAUGGCUUGUGUUCAUAAUAGCUCUGAAAGGAGACCUACUAUGAGGCAUGUAUCUGAUGUUUUGAGCAGAUUGGUCAUACCCUCUGAUUGAGAAAUUUAAUGGAUCAGUCAUUCUUGGAGGCUACAACCAAUUUCAGUGAAAAGGGUAUCAUAAAGUCUUGAAGCAGUGUAAAACUUGUGGAAUCCAUGUAUUUUGUUCUUGUCAGGAUUUUUCUUUAUUGUCAUUGCAUGAGCUCUAGUUUUAGGUGAUGGUGGGUCUGCUUUAGGAGCAAUCUUGCAACUGCCUUUGUAAGAGAUGGCUUGUUAGACUGUAUAUGUGUAAGGAUGUUCUCAUUUUUCUUUUUGCUCUUACAGCAGGCCUUUGUCUUUUUCCUUGUACUGUUCAAUGGAAAGAUAAUCAUUUGUUUAUUUCA